UGAGAGGCAGUAGAAUUUCUUGAAUCGCGGGAGCUGGAUGAGCCUUCAAUCCUGCACGAGGAUCCACGAUUUUCCCUGCGCAGCACCGAAUCGUUUCACUCUGUUGUGGUUCAUGAUUUUCUGCAACUUGCGCGUGUUGUUUGCAUUGAUUGUGCUGGUAAAUUGCGUCGCGUGGACGUCGAAGCUGUUUUGCGGAGCAGAUCUGGUAUAGGUUGCGACAGGGGAUGUAGCUGGGAGACAGGAACUUAUUUGCGUUUGCACACAGAUACGAGGACGCGUUAGCGAGAACAGACUGUUGGACCUGCGGGAAUCGUUUGUUUUUUUGUAUGGCAUAGGCUGGAUUUUCUAGGUUUGAGUGUGUCGACGGGAUUGAGAAUCUGGGCACGUUGUGUUUUUAUAUUGCACUUGCAGCUCUCCCCUGCGAGCAGUUACUGUUGAGAUGGGAGAUUGAGGUUGGAACGCUUGGUGAGGCGGACGGAGUGAGAGGGGGGGAGUUCAGUAAGGGGGAUGGGGACCCCUAAAGUGGGAUGGUGCAAGUACAGGAUCUUCAUUGCAAUCCUGAUUGCAGCAUCCAUUACAGCUGGGGGAUUAUUAGGUUUCCACAAACCUAAUCUCAAAGGAUGUAUUAUGACUUACAUGUACCCUAUGUACAUUCCUGUUCCUCUUCCUUCCAACGCCACGGCCGGCAAAUAUUCCUUGUAUCUUUAUCACGAAGGCUGGAAAAGAAUUGAUUAUCAGCUUCAUCUUGUCAAGUUGUCAGGUGUUCCGGUUCUUUUUAUCCCUGGCAAUGGUGGCUCUUACAAGCAAGUGCGAUCUAUAGCAGCAGAAUCAGAUAGAGCAUAUGUUGGUGGUCCUCAGGACGCUGAAUAUUAUCAACAGUCGGGCUUCACGCCUCUUGAAGCUGGUCCAAUGCAAGAUGAAUUGCAGUUUUCUGAGCUAUUGGCUAAAGUCAGAGCAGAAGGGCAGUAUGCGAACCAUCUUGAUUGGUUCGCUGUUGAUUUGGAGGGAGAACAUUCAGCGAUGGACGGGUGGAUUCUUGAAGAGCACUCCGAGUAUGUUGUGCAAGCUGUACACCGGAUUUUAAAUAGGUAUAAAGAGUCAUUGGAUACGAGGUCUAAGCACAAUGGUGACAAGGGUGAGAUUUUGCCUACAAAUGUCAUCUUGGUUGGGCACUCUAUGGGUGGCUUUGUGGCAAGAGCUGCAGUCGUGCAUCCAGAGCUUAGACCUGGAAGCGUUCGAACCGUUGUUACUCUUUCCAGCCCGCACAGAUCGCCUCCUCUGGAAGUUCAGCCCUCCUUUGGACGUUUUUUUUCAAAAGUUAAUGAUGCAUGGAUACAAGGUUUCAAGAGUGUUCAGACAAGUGGGGGACACUGGUCGAAGCCCCCAUUAUCUGAUGUAGUAGUUGUGUCUAUAGCUGGAGGUGCUCGGGAUUAUCAGGUACGGUCUAGGAUGGCUUCACUGGAUGGGAUUGUACCUCCAACCAAUGGCCUCACUAUUGGUGCAGCAGGCAUGGUGAAUGUAUUCCUCUCUACGGAUCACCAAAGCAUUUUAUGGUGUAACCAGUUGGUUAUGCAGGUCUCGCAUACACUGCUACAACUUAUAGAUGAGAAGACAGGGCAGCAAAUGACAAGUCCACAUGCAAGAAUGGCCGUGUUUGUUUCCAACCUGCGUAGUGCAUUGCCACAUACUUUUGAUUGGUUACCCAGCAUCACUUCAAGGAUUCCAGUGUCUUUAGUGAAGUCAGCUAGUAUUGAGGAAGGUAGCGGAAAGUUGGAUAAGGAACAUGACGUCCCAAAGCAGGGUCCGUUCGCUUGCCCCUCCAGAGUUCCCUGGGAAAAGGAGGUUCCACAAAAUGACUUUUAUUCCAAGUCCAACAUCAUGACCGUGCUGGGAAUGGAUGGAAGACGAAGAGUAAUGGACAUCAAGAAACUUGCUAAGGAUGGCGAUUGGUUUGUUUUAGCAACAAACUUGGCACCAUGCACUGGAGUGCGCGUGCAUUUAUGGCCCGCUAGUGCCAAGCCUGGUGGCUUAUCUGAUUUUGAGGAAGCAGUAGAGGUGACUACGAAGAUGGCUGAAAUUCCAGCAGGCCCCAUCCAACACCAGACUGAGCCGGGAGGACAGACAGAGCAAGCCGCUCCCAGAGGAAUCCUUCGUCUUAGCCCCGACGAUUUACGCGGGUUCAAGUUUUUAUCAGUCUCGGUAGCUCCACGUCCGAGCGUUUCCGGAAGACCACCACCUGCUGCAUCUAUGGCUGUAGGGCAUUUCUUCAAUCCUAAGGAGGGGAGGAUGCAUUUGUCACCAGUGUCCCUCCUAUCCACGAUUUUUAGGACGCAGGAGGUUGUACUCGGGGAGGACCAUCCGUUACUUUGGAAUUUGUCAAUUGCAGUGUCAGCUGGAACUUUGCCAUUAAAUUUGACUGUGAAGGCUUUAAGUUGCGGCAUUCAAACAACAGUGCUUGCCAAAGAGGAUCCAGCACCUGAGGAGCUUCUCAAAAUUUGCAAAGCCCGAUGCUUCCCUCCAGUUGCUCUUGUCUGGGAUCCUCCUUUCGGCUUGGAAGUCAUUCCAAAUUUAGAUUCUGAAAUCGUAGUGGUUGAUUCUGCUCCUGCAAUUUGGGGAUCAAGUUAUGGGUCUGAGCAUACUACAAUUCUUCUCAUGGUUGACCCACACUGUUCCUAUAAAGCAAGCCUUGAGGUGUCAUUACCAACAGCUGCUAGUCGCUUCCUUUCAGUAUAUGGAUUGCAGAUCACUGGUUUAGCGGUGGCAGUGGUAUUGUUUGCUCUUAUGCGUCAAGCACGAGCUUGGGAACUGGACCUCAUGGUUCCAUCAGUUGUCUCAUGUAUUGAGGCAAAUUUACGAAUACCAUCUCCGCUCUUACUUUUGGCACCUGGACUUUCGGUUGUGUACUACUUACUCUCCAUCUUUGGAACAGAGACACCGCCACCUUUGAUCAGCUUUGUGGGUGUCUCUCUUGUAUGCUAUAUUUUUGCGAAUGGAGUUGUUGCUUUAUUAGCAGUCAUCAGCAGCGUCAUAUUUGAGGCUGCAUCUUUUAUCCAAGUAUUUUUCAAGCUUAAGUUCCGGGCGUUGGAAGAUCGACCUCGAGCCCGAGAUUCAAGGUCCUCCAAUUCAAACGUUAAGAAGGUAAUUAAGAAACUAAAAUCAAGGCCAUUACUAGCGAUGGCUGCUGGUAUUACUGUGCUUCUUGUCUUUGUUCAUUCCAGCAUCGGACUUAUCGUGCUGUUGUUAGUACACGCUUGGAACUGCCAGACUGCUCUUUGCAGGCAUCGGCUACAGAAAACUCUCAAGUGGAGUGCGAAAAAAGAAGAUCGUAUUGAACCGCAAUUAGGGAAGACCACCACUUUGGGUGAUGAGUUGAAGACACCCGCUGCACUUACUUACGGAGAAAAUCACCUUGAGACCUAUCGAUACCGUCAAGGACUUCUACUACUCCACCUUUUAAGUGCUGUUAUGCUUGGCCCUUCUCUUGCUGCAUGGGUUCAGAGAUCUGGUUUACAAUCAGCCUUACCUUCAUUUCUUGAUUCUGUUCUCUGCUUCGGCAUUGUUCUACAUGGGCUGUAUUUGAGCGUCUCAGAUGCCAACAAAUCUUUUGUUCCAUUAUCGCAUCUAUUUGGACCAAAAGUUGCCGAAGCAGGUUUCAGCUUCAUUUAUGGCAUCGCAGGCUUGUAUUGCUACUGUGCCGGACUAGGACUGGCUCCCUACAAGGCAUAUUAUGCACUUGCUUUAAUCGGUGCGGUAACCGCAGGACUUAGAUUUAAGGAUAAACAGACACGAGGAUUAAAGGCAGACUUCUCCGGGAUGAGACGGCAUUCUCUUACACAUAAACACAUAUGAUUCUCUUAGACUCAUUUGAUCCAAAUUAACUUGUUCCAGUCUGAUAAUAGUGCAGGUCAUUCCUUUCUCCUCUGCUUUUGGUAUGCCUUAACAUAGCAUUGUUGAGACUUCGUAAGCAUUUCGAACUUGCUCAUGUAUAAAAUCUCUGGUUCACAAUAUAAAGUGAGGAACAGGACGCCAUAAAUGUCAAAACAAAUGGAAAGCCACAUGGAGCAGCAGUCAAUUUGCUAA